AAGACUAACCUCACUUUUCGGUUCUUCAUACAGAUGACAGGUUUAAUGGCGGGGGGGGGGGGGACUGGGUAUAAAGUCCUAUUUCUUUCAAACGACGAACCACAGUCUUCCAAGACACAUUGAUUCUGUAAUCACGAUUUACUAGGCGAGAAAUUCCUGCAGCAGUAUCGAAGCGGUCUCUCAACGACAGCGUCUGGAUCACACAAUCUUGCCGAACACUUGUUUUCCGUGGUCUCCCUUGUUUUUCUAAUAACACAAAAAAAGUUUGUUUCUUCAUAAAGCAUUGAGUAUUCUUGAAACAACACUCUUUGAUCUGUUAAUGUCUCUGGCGAUAGCAGAAACUGCAAUUCUUUCUUUUUUCAAUGUGACUACUCGCUUCCUGAGGCUUUCAUCAACUUUACGUCGGCUUUCCAUGGUUGUUAAUUAACUUUCGCACUGUUAGAUCAACUUUAUUUACAUAGGUCGGAGUGUUGCCAGAUUUUACUUUUUGAAGUUUACGCUCUACGUUCUCUCAUUUUAUCCAUCUUCUAUUUUUCACAUAAACAUUUUCUGUAUUAUAAAUUAUUCCUACAAAAAUUAUUGUAAAUAAUGAACAUACUGUAAAGUAUAUACACCAAAAAUUUUAUUCGGAAAAAUGAAGUAGAGAAGUAAAUCUCUUUAAUUUUUAUUUUCGUUCUCUAAUUUUGGCCACAAUUAUAUAUAUGUAUGCAUUUCGAGACGUACAUUCCUGAAAAAACCGGUGCUUUCAAACGAAUUCUUUAUGUAAUAGUUGCAGCUAUUGUGACUUACUAGUUGAUUCACUGGGGAUUCAACGACUCAGUGCUUGCGAUAUAAAAUGAAUUUUUUGAAAAAGUAAAUAUGUUAGGCUGUAAAUACAAUCGAUAAAGAAAUUUAAAUAUGAAAAGCUACUUUUCAAACUACUAGAAUAUUUUUCUCAAGAGGAAGUAAGUCGUAGUAGAAAAGGGGUGGUUCACAAUUUAAAACGGAUAAGAAAGAGUUGAAGCUCAACUCAAAUUUAAUUUAAAACAACUAUAUCUUCGCAUCUUUCGAUAAAUUUCCUCCGUGGCAACGGGAAAAAUAAUUAAACUGGAGUACUGCAUGAUCAUUUAUUCUUCCACCUUGCCAAUCAACCCAAGAUAACGAGUUUCAGUUGUCUCAACUAAAAGAGAUCCCUGUCGUAAAUCGUCAGAAUACCAAAGGAAUUCCAACGAAAGUGUUCGUAAAAUAAUGAAAUGACUUUUUGCUGAAAUACCAUUUUUUAUUCAAGGUCAGUUCUUUUAAGAAAAUGAUAUGGAGCCUAAUCAGGCCAACUUCCAGUGGACUGCUAUUGUGCUUACCUGCUCUGAUAACCAAUGGUCACAAUCUGUGCAACAAGAAUUGGAUAUAAGACAAGCGAAAGGCUUAUUCCCAAAAGAUGUAAUUUUGCUAACCAUUGAAGAUCCAAAAUCAAAUGUUGGAAGUGGAGGAGCAACAAUUAAUGCUUUGUUGGCUGUUACUGAACAUAUCUGUGCUAAAAAAGGAUAUACGGCUAUUAAUGCUGAUGUUCUCCAAAACUGCUACAUACUUAUCCUUCACAGUGGUCGAUGUUAUCCCUACAGUUCCUGUAGACACGCUUUCCUUCCAUUACCUGUGAAAUACCAGAAAUCAAGUUAUGACUCGCUUCUCUGUCUUAUUGACAUUACUUACAAAACUAUAACUGAAAAUAUUGCUCAAUAUGCUCCCCCUGGUAUCUGGGUGUGCAGCACAGAUAUGAUGUUAUGUGUUCCUGAGGGUGCUAAAUUCCAAUGGACAGAUGCAGAUGUUUGUGCUGUUACAUUUCCAAGUACUGUUUCAUACUGCAAAGACCAUGGUAUAUACAAGACAGAUUCUCAGGGCUUCGUUGAGGAUAUCCUUUAUAAAGUUGAUGAAAACGAGAUUUUGAAAUAUAUUGGCCCAAAUGAAAAUCCAUUAAUUGUUACUGGUUUGGUAUAUUUCAAACAGAAUGUGGCAGAAAAGAUUCUUUCAUUUCAUGUGAAACCUCCAUUAGAUGGUUGCACUUACAUUGGCCUUGAUAGUGGACAAACGCCAAAACAGUUGUCCCUCUUCUUUGAUGUGUUGCUGCCAAUGGCUACCAAUAUAACAGAAGAAGAUUUCGUAUCUGGGAAAAGAGUUCAUUCUUUUAAAGACUUUCCUAUCAACGAAAACGGAAGUGGAGAUUGGCAAAAUGCUAAAGAAGUGCGUCAAAUUUUGUGGAAUGAAUUGAAUAGUUUAAAAAUAAUGACUUGUGUGAUAGAAGGUGGCCAAUACCUCUAUCUGACUAAUUCAGCUCAAGACUUCCUCAGUCAGAUCAUCCACUGCCCACUUCAAUCCCAGUCAAAACAUUUGGUUUGGCACAAACUCACCCAUUCUUAUAUUGAUUCUGAAGCAGACAUCAGCGAAACUAGCACACUCAUCAACAGUGUCAUUCAAAAGAACAUUGAAGUUGGAGAAAAGUCGGUGUUGAUUAAUUGUUAUUUGGAUGGCAAAAUUCAAAUUGGCAACAAUUCCCUAUGUAAUGGCCUCCGUUUGGAUCUUUCAAAUAAAAACAAAUAUAUGAAUUUUCCUAACAAUUUAGUCAUUCAAGGUUUUAACAUUCUUUUAAAAUCCUUGGAAACCAGUAAAUAUAUCAUGACAGUUCAUGGAAUCAACGAUUCAUUAAAUGGUUCUUUAAAUGCUGAGAAUGCAACCUUCUGUAACCAGAAGUGGAAAGAUUUUAUCAAGAGGACUGGUAUUAAAGAAGAAGAACUUUGGAACACCUCUGAUGAUUCUUCUAAAAAAGUUCUUUGGACUGCAAAGCUGUUUCCUAUUUUCCACCAUGAAGAAAAUGUUGGUAUGAAAGAAAUUCUGUGGCUGUUAGGUGAAAGCUGUGAUGGAGCUGAAGUUCCCAAGAAAUGGAGAGAAUCUUGGAGAUUAUCUUUAUCAGAGAUUUUAAAAUUAGUCGACCUUAGCAGUGAAUUUUCUCUUCGAAGAAAACUGUUCUAUGAAAUUAGUGAACAGCAUGUGAAAACAACUCUUUUAAAUGGAGAAAAUAAUGGUCUGCGAUAUAUUUACAAAAGUGUCACACUGGAAUCACAAGAAUAUUCUUUAAGCAUGUUGAAGGCAUUGGACAAUGUUGCCAUAAACUGUCAGGAAACUCCUGGGAUUGCAGCCCGAACAUUGGCUAACAUAGCUGAUUUGUUAGCAACUAUGGCCAAGGGUUGUGGAGGGUUGCGUAGUGGACCAGCUGCUAAUUCGGCGUGGAAUAAAGCUUUCCAGUUUCUUGAGAUGAACCAGAUUGCUAAUGGAAUUAAAUCUUUGGCAAAAGAACGAAACAAAUGGCUGCACCGACCAGACUUGUUAAUCCGAGCAUCCAGACACUAUGAAGGUGCUGCACAAAUUCUAAUUCGGCAAGCAGUCAUGACUGGUAAAAAGUUUGUAGAAGUGAAAGAUGGCGUUUUGCCUGAUUAUGAAAAAUGGAUCACAGUGGAGUGCCCUGCUCGACUUGAUCUUAGUGGUGGCUGGACAGAUACACCUCCUAUUACAUAUGAAUGUGGUGGGGCAGUGACUGGAGUUUCUAUUACCAUUAAUGGAAAGAAACCAAUUGGAGCAAAGGCAAAAAGAAUAGAAAAUCCUCAGAUUGUCAUUGUAUAUGGUAAUGUCCAUCUAGUGAUUGAAGAGCUAAACCAGCUGGAAGAUUAUUUUAAUCCUCAUGCUCAAGGUGCUCUUAUCAAAGCAGCUUUCCUCUCUGUGAAUCUUAUAUGCCUUUCAUCACCCAUGUCUCUCAAAGAUCAGUUAAUUUCUAAAUAUAAAGGCGGCUUUGAAAUUCAUUCUUGGUCAGAUCUUCCUCAAGGAUCUGGUCUUGGCACGAGUAGUAUCUUAGCUGGUGCUGUUAUUGCUGCUGUUGUAACUGCUGCUGGAAAAGUUAUUGAUGCUAAAAGUUUACUGCAUUCGGUCCUUUAUCUGGAGCAACUGAUGACAACUGGAGGUGGCUGGCAGGACCAAGUUGGGGGUUUAUUAGGUGGUGUAACCCUGGGAAGUUCUUUGGCUAAAAUACCAUUGUUUAUUGAUUACAAACACAUCAGUGUCACUCCAGAUAUCAUAGAAUUAUUCAAUCAAAGACUUGUACUUAUUUACUCUGGAAAAACAAGGCUUGCCAGAAAUUUACUACAGAAUGUUCUCCGUGAAUGGUACGCUCGGAAACCUGGCAUUGUUUCAACAAUAUAUAAUCUAAAACAAUUAGCUCAUGACUGUGCCACACACUUUAGCGAAGGUAAUUUGGAAUCUGUUGGUCAGUGCAUAGACAAAUACUGGACACUGAAGAAAAACAUGGCUCCUGGAUGUGAACCAGCAGCUUUGAAAGAACUGAUGGAUAUACUGCGACCAUAUAGCUAUGGAAUGAGUUUAGCUGGAGCAGGUGGAGGAGGAUUUUUCUAUGCAAUUCUUAAGGAUUUAAGCAUUAAAAGCCAACUUCAAACUAUAUUAUCCUCAAUAAAGGGCCUGGAGAGUGCUGUGCUGUACGAAGCUGUUAUCGACCCAGUUGGCAUGACUAUUAACUAAGUUUAUCAGGGGUUUAAAAAUGGGAUAUUUAUUUUGAAAAUAAACAAUAAGUAACCUAGGUUUAUUAGGUUUUAAAUUAUUGCAAAUCAUUUAUGAAAACUUUUCUAAAAGACUUUUAUUUUAUAAAAUGGACUAAGAUUAAUGAAAUUGAAUAUUUGGAGUGAAGAUUUAAGGUAGGCGGGAUUUAGCAUCAAAAUUGUUUACUGACUCUAAUUAGAGAUUCACAUCACAAUUUUGAGUAAUUAGGCUAACAUUAUCAACUUAAACUUUUGUUUUUAAUUACUUAAUGGGAAAUUUAACACUUUUUGUUUAACAAUUCUUUUUCAAGCUAACACAAGUGGGAUGAUUUUAUAAAACAAAACACAAAAAAAAGUGAACAUUUACAUCAAAUAGCAAAAAAUCUGUGGAGAAGAAUUGAGAUGUGAAGUCAGCUAAGCAGAAUGAAGCAAGCUCUUUUCCUUGGCAAAAAAAAUAAAUCGCAGCAAUCAAUAAUUUAACGUAACUCCACAGACCUUGUACUUGCAUAGGAAAAGCAGUGGUUUUAAUUUUAAAUACUAACAAGUAACAUUUAAAAAUGAAAAAUAUUUGGCUAAUGUAUUAAGUUCAGUUUUUCAGAAGUAUGUUAAUUAGCAAAUUUAAUAAAGAUCUAAAUGAUGCAUUUGUAUUUUUUGAAAGAUGGAAACAGUAUUAAAAUAUAUAUAUUUGUAUCUUU